UGGUUUGAUUACAAUGUUCAAGACCGAGUUAAUGACUUUGUUGCUGCUGCAGUAUCACAGGCUAACAUAACUCGGACAAAUCAUAUAAUGUGGACCAUGGGAACAGAUUUUAAGUAUCAGUAUGCACACACAUGGUCGCAGAUGGACAAGCUCAUUCAUUAUGUGAACAUGGAUGGACGUGUCAAUGCUCUCUACUCUACCCCAUCCAUAUAUACUGAUGCAAAAUAUGCUGCAAAUGAGUUCUGGCCAUUGAAGAUUGAUGACUUCUUUCCUUAUGCAGACCGUGCAAAUGCUUACUGGACAGGAUAUUUCUCAAGUAGACCAGCCUUAAAACGCUAUGUUAGAAUGAUGAGUGGUUACUAUUUGGCGGCAAGGCAACUAGAGUUCUUUAAAGGUAGGAGUAAUACAGGGCCUAACACAGAUUCAUUAGCGGAUGCUUUGGCAAUUGCUCAGCAUCAUGAUGCAGUUACUGGUACUGAGAAGCAACAUGUGGCUGAUGAUUAUGCAAAACGGCUAUCAAUAGGCCACAUGGAGGCUGAAGGGGUAGUUGCAACAUCUCUUGCUUGCUUGGCCGACGCGAUGUCUUAUGAUGGAUGUAACAGGGCGACUCUGAAAUUUCAACAGUGUCCACUUCUGAAUAUUAGUUACUGUCCCGCAUCAGAAAUUGAUCUGUCUCAUGGGAAAAGCUUGAUUGUUGUGGUCUACAAUUCCCUUGGGUGGAAGAGAGAUGAUGUAAUUCGAAUUCCGGUUGACAAUGAAGAUAUUACUGUUUUUGAUUCUGAGGGAAAAGUAAUCGAAUCACAACUUCUUCCUUUUACUGGUUCUUACAUUGAUCUAAGGAACUACCAUGUUAGGGCGUAUUUGGGUAGAACUCCAAGCCUGACACCUAAAUAUUUGCUUGCGUUUGCGGUCUCUGUACCUCCGCUUGGUUUCAGCACUUAUACCAUAAAAACUGUCAAAACAACAGGGGCCAGUUCAACAAAAUCAUCUGUACACACAUUUGAAAGUAGUGAAAAAUCUUCUGUUGAAGUUGGUCCAGGGAAUUUAAAGCUUACUUUCUCCUCGGAUCAAAGCAAACACACUAAUUAUAUUAAUAGCAAAAGCUCGGUUCAGGAAUCGGUUGAGCAGUCAUACAGUUUUUACCCUGGAUUUAAUGGAACUAAUGAUAAAGCUCCUCAGAAUGCUGGGGCAUAUAUUUUCCGCCCAAAUGGUACAUUUCUCAUCAAGCCUGAAGGACAGGUUUCUUUGACUGUAAUGCGGGGGCCAAUAAUAGAUGAAGUACAUCAAAAGAUCAAUGAGUGGAUAUAUCAGAUCACAAGAUUAUACAAGGGUAAAGAGCACGUUGAAGUUGAGUUCAUUGUUGGGCCUAUACCUAUUGAUGAUGGACUUGGUAAAGAAGUUGUCACUCAGAUAACAACUACCUUGGAAACCAAUAGAACAUUCUACACAGAUUCUAAUGGACGUGACUUCAUCAAAAGGAUUCGUGAUUAUAGAUCAGACUGGGAACUGGAAGUAAACCAACCAAUUGCAGGAAAUUAUUACCCUAUUAAUCUUGGAAUCUACGCCCAAGGUUCUGGAAAAGAAUUUUCAGUUCUGGUGGAUCGGCCUCUUGGAGGAUCUGGCUUAGUAGAUGGACAAAUAGAGUUGAUGCUUCACAGGAGACUGCUACUUGAUGAUUCUAGGGGUGUUGAUGAGAACUUAAAUGAGACAGUCUGUAUACUGGAUGAUUGCAGAGGACUGAUGAUCCAAGGAAAGUAUUUUUCAAAAUUGACCGCAGGUGAAGGUGCUAAGUGGAGACGUUCUUUUGGCCAGGAGAUUUAUUCGCUCCUUUUAGCUUUUACUGAGGAGGAUGGAGAUAAUUGGACGAAUUCUCAUGUAUCCACUUUUUCUGGGAUAGAUUCUUCCUAUACUUUACCUGAUAAUGUUGCUAUUGUAACUCUGCAGGAGCUUGAUGAUGGAAAAGUUCUUCUUCGAUUAGCUCAUCUAUAUGAGGUCGCUGAGGACAAGGAUCUUUCUACGAUGACGAAUGUAGAACUGAAGAAGUUGUUCCCGAGCGAAAAGAUUGGCAAAGUGACUGAGACGAGCUUAUCUGCCAAUCAAGAAAGGAGGGAAAUGGAAAAGAAGAGACUUGUAUGGAAAGUAGAAGGCUCUUCAAGAGAAGAAUCCAAGGUAAUGAGAGGUUCACCUGUGGAUCCUUCAAAACUGGUUGUAGAACUUGCUCCAAUGGAAAUUCGCACCUUCGUUAUUGACUUCACCCGCAAGAUUUUCGACGCUUAACAGCUGCAAAAUGAUGCAGGAAAAUCCUUGCUACCUGAUGGAUGGCAUUUUGCUUCAUGUUGAUCAAACUGUACUCUCAAUCCCUAUGCCAUGUAUAUAGUUAGGACACAAGCCCACAACAUCUGAGUUCAGUGUAAUUGUGUGUGUAUGCUUUGUCUAAAUGUAAUGGAUUCACCUGCAUGAAUAAAAUCAAUAAAUGGGUUUGUCAAA